AUGGCCGAGGCGGUGGCCCUUGAUACUUUUGAGCGUGCGCCGCCAGCCCGGUCCGGAGGGCAGUCGGCCUUUGCGUAUCCCCCGGGUCGCACGGAAGAUGAGGAAGAACGCCGGAGGCGUGAAAAAGAGCUGGCGGGAGACGAGGAGCUGGCACGCAACCUUGCGGCCCAGUUGCGUUUGACUUCCCCGGUUGAAACAAUGCCAGAUCGAGCUUCGGAUCCCUUCGGGGAUGAUGACAGGCGACUGCCGCGAGUGGGAGACAGAAACCCAGCCGCAUACAGAGGUGAAGCAGACGCAGAUCGAGUUCCGGGGGUGGAGUAUCAUGCCAUGGAUUCCGACACAGAAGACGCCUUCUAUGCAGAACCGCCGAAGGCCGCCGGAUAUCAUCAGGUUCUUUGCAACGUCCUCGUCAGCUUUUUCCGGAACGGAGCUCUGAACUCACGGGCCUAG